AUUCACAAUUCCUCAUGAAUUAACAAAUAAUUUUUGUAUUAUGUAAUAAUUUUCAGUCUUUAAUCAUCAGACAUCAUCUUUCUAAGCUCGUGGGACUUCCCGGAAAGACAUUUAAUUAGAUAGAAAUAGGAAGGUUUUUAAGGGACUCCGCUUCUGCCGUUUUUUAGACAUAUUAAUGUGGAAAUAGAAAUUAUCAAAUUAACGAGGGAAGCGUAAAAAUGAACAUAUAUACAGUUGACACGUUAAUGCUAAUGGGGGAAAAUAGACAAGGAGAUGCCUACUAACCUACCCCUUUAAUUUCUCCCUCAACUUCUAUUUUGAAAGCAUCAUGUGUUUGUUUUCAAAGUUCCACUUCCACCUCUCAUGGCUCCUAAAAGCAAGGACCGCCAUUUGUUAUUUUGUCUCCAUAGUUUUCAUUGAAUCUAUUGCUCCCACUUUCCAUUCUCUAUUCCUCCCUCCCUUUCUUUAUUCAUUUUUCAUUUCAUUCACAUUUCGCAGGGCUCUUCUUCCUCAUUGCUGGCAAAAUGGCAAACGCAGCGUCGGGAAUGGCCGUAAGCGAUGAGUGCAAAUUGAGAUUUCAGGAGCUAAAAGCAAGAAGGACUUACCGAUUCAUAGUGUUCAAAAUUGAGCAACAAGAAGUGGUGAUUGAUAAAUUAGGAGGCUCAACUCAAAGCUACAAUGACUUUGCAGCCAGUUUGCCAGCUGAUGAGUGUCGCUAUGCCGUCUUUGAUUUUGAUUUCACAACUGAAGAGAAUGUCCAGAAAAGCAAGAUUUUCUUCAUUGCAUGGUCACCGGAUACAUCAAAAGUGAGGAUGAAGAUGGUGUAUGCAAGUUCAAAGGACAGAUUCAAGAGAGAGCUGGACGGCAUUGCAUUUGAAUUGCAAGCAACAGAUCCGAGUGAGAUGAGCAUGGACAUUGUGAAAGAGAGGGCCUUCUGAUAUACAUGCAGCUCUCCUUCACCCUUAAACAAAAAAUAAUAUCAAAUGAUUAACUUUGACUUUUGGGGCCGUCUUAUUAUUAUUUGCCUGUUACAGAUUGGAUUCAACAAUCCAAACGGCUUGUACUAUCAUCAGAAUGCUUCAGUCUUCCUCGUUCAUUUAUGCUGUGUUCUUUUUUGGUUUGAAGAGCCAUCCAUCAUCCAUGGCUAGUUCUCAUUCUAGUAGCAUCCAUUGUGUAAGUUUGCUUUCAUGUAGAGGAAAUUUAUGUCUCGGACACUUUAUUUUCCAAUCCGUGUUGCCAGUCUAACCACUUUUUUUUUCCCUUGCUCUGCAUUUGUUGUGUAAUACCGACUGCAGAAUGCUCAAUUGCUGUUAUAUAUAUUUUUUCAUUUA